CUCAUGCCCUCCAGCCCUCCAUGGGGAAAGGACGACCCCGCGCCGUCGAGAAGGGCGUUUUAGGGCACAGCUACGGCGCCUCCCCCUCCCCCUCCACGGCCGCCCUCCCCCAGGCCCCCGUGUUCUACCCCACCGAGGAGGAGUUCAAGGACCCCUUGGAGUUCAUCGACAAGAUCCGUCCCCAGGCCGAGCCCUUCGGCAUCUGCCGCAUCGUGCCCCCCAAGUCCUGGAACCCCCCCUUCGCCCUCGACCGCGACGCCUUCUCCUUCCCCACCAAGACCCAGGACAUCCACCACCUCCAGGCCCGCCCGCCCUCCUGCGACCGCGAGACCUUCGAUCUCGAAUAUGGCCGCUUCUUGGAGGACCACCUCGGCAAGAAGCAGAAGCGAAGGGUCGUGUUCGAGGGCGACGAGUUGGAUCUUUGCCGGUUCUUCAAUGCCGUGAAGCGCUAUGGGGGCUAUGGCAAGGUCUGCAAGGAGAAGCGAUGGGGAGAUGUCGCAAGAUUCGUUGGGUCGGCCGGGAAGAUCUCUGAGUGCGCAAAGCACGUCCUCUCGCUGCUUUAUCUGGAGCAUUUGUAUGACUAUGAGGAGUACAACAGUCAGCUGGAUCGAGGGACCAAGAAGUGCAAGAGGGUCAGACCUUGCAAGGAGAGAAAAGUCUCAGGGCACUUAGAAUCUCCUCUUAGGAAGAGAAGGAAGAAUUCGGGUAAGGUGAGAGAGAAAGAGGUGGCCAAGGAGGCACUGGAUCAGAUCUGCGAGCAGUGUAAGAGUGGAUUACAUGGAGAAGUUAUGCUUUUGUGCGAUCGGUGCGAUAAAGGUUGGCACUUAUACUGUUUGUCGCCCCCUCUGGAGAGCAUUCCUACAGGAAAUUGGUAUUGCUUGGACUGCAUGAAUUCCGAUAAGGAUAGCUUUGGUUUCGUGCCCGGGAAGCAGUGCUCGCUGGAAACUUUCAGGCGGAUGGAUGACCGGACAAGGAGGAAGUGGUUUGGGCAGAUGAAUGCCUCUCGAGUGCAGAUUGAAAAGCGGUUUUGGGAGAUCGUGGAGGGUAAAGCAGGAGAAGUGGAAGUUAUGUAUGGAAGUGAUCUGGAUACUUCUGUGUGUGGCAGUGGUUUUCCCCGUGCAAAUGAUCCUAUCCCAUCAUCAGUUGACCCAGAUGCAUGGAGAAAGUAUGUUUCUAGCCCAUGGAAUCUCAAUAACUUUCCAAAAUUACCAGGGUCGAUGCUACGGGUUGUUCAUGAGAAUAUUGCUGGUGUCAUGGUUCCAUGGCUCUAUGUUGGAAUGCUGUUUUCUUCCUUUUGUUGGCAUGUCGAGGAUCAUUGUUUUUACUCAAUUAAUUAUCUACACUGGGGAGAGCCAAAGUGCUGGUAUGGUGUACCUGGUACUGAAGCCAAUGCUUUUGAGCAGGUUAUGCGAAAUGCUCUUCCAGAUUUGUUUGAGGUGCAGCCAGAUUUGCUCUUCCAACUUGUCACAAUGCUUAAUCCAUCCGUUUUGCAAGAAAAUGGUGUUCCAGUUUAUGGUGUUUUGCAGGAGCCUGGAAACUUUGUCAUUACUUUUCCUAGGUCCUAUCAUGGGGGUUUCAACUUUGGCUUUAAUUGUGCUGAGGCUGUCAAUUUUGCUCCUGCUGACUGGCUGCCUCAUGGUGGAUUUGGAGCUGAACUGUACCGAUUGUAUCACAAAUCAGCCGUUUUAUCUCAUGAAGAACUUCUUUAUGCAGUUUCCAAGAAUGGUUGUGAUACAAAAGCCUUGCCUUACCUGGAGGAGGAAGUGCAGAGAGUAUUUGCUAGAGAGAAAAGAUGCAGAGAGGAGCUUUGGAUCAAUGGUGUUGUCACAUCAUCUCCGAUCCGCCCAAAGAAACAUCCCAAUUAUGUCGGCACAGAAGAGGAUCCAACCUGCAUAAUAUGCCAGCAAUAUUUGUAUCUUUCAGCUGUUACAUGCAGCUGUAGGCCAUCUGCUUUUGUCUGCCUUGAGCAUUGGGAACAUCUUUGUGAAUGUAAUGCCAACAAGCAUCAACUUCUUUACCGUCACACUCUUGCAGAACUUGGCGACUUGGUCCAUACGGUCUCUGCUGUGUCUGAAACUACAAAUGUGGAGACCUCCCAGAGCAGACAUUCUCAAUGGCCUCACUUGGUUCCUAAUGCAUCAAGUUCUAUGAUGAAAAAGGUGAAAGGCAGCCUCGUUUCUUAUGCACAACUUGCUGAAGAUUGGCUUUCAAAUUCUUGUCACAUUUUUGAGAUACCAUUCUCAAACUCUGCUUACACUAGUGCCCUAAAGGAAGCUGAACAAUUCCUUUGGGCUGAUCAUGACAUGGAUCCGGUACGUGAUAUGGCAAAUAAAUUGAUUGAAGCGCAAAAGUGGGCGAUGAAUGUAAAUAGCUGCCUGUCUAAAGUAGACAACUACCUGCAUUGUGAGAAAAAAAGUUCUGAGAAAGUAAUGUUAAGUGAAAUUGAGGAAUUGCUGAGUUUUUAUCCUUUGCCUUGUUAUGAGCCUGGUCUCACAAAGUUGAAGGCCUAUGCAGAAAAUGCGAGGAUGUUUAUUGCUGAAAUAGAAACUGCUCUUUCAUCUUGCUUUAGUAUUUGCAAAUUGGAGGUAUUGUACACCAGAGCCAUUGGAUUUCCGAUUGAUCUAGAGAAAACUGGAACAUUAGCAUGUGUGAUUUCUUCGGCAAAGGAUUGGUUGAAUAAGGCACACAAAUGCCUGUCGGAGAAAAAGCCUGGUUUUAUUGAGAUUGAUUUCCUGAACAAGCUGAAAUCAGAGAUGCUGGAGCUUCAUGUUCAAUUUCCGGAAAUGGAUUUGCUGUUGAACUUGUGUGGAGAGGCAGAGUCAUGGCAAAUCCGAUGCGAAGAGAUCUUGAAAGGUCCCCGAAGAUUGAAGGAACUUGAAGAUUUUCUGCAGGCAGCAGAUAAUGUCACAGCAAGCAUUCCAGAGUUGAAACUCCUAAGGCAAUACUGUUAUGAUGCUCGUUCCUGGAUGUUCCAUCUUCAUGAUAUCCUGCAAAACCUUAAUGAUCGGAGAGACCAUGGAAACAUCGUGAGAGAACUCUCUUGUAUCUUGAAGGCUGGAGAGUCAUUGAGAGUACAUGUUGAUGAGUUGCCCCUUGUUGAGGCAGAACUUAAAAGGUCAAUCUGUAGAGAGAAAGCUUCAAAGGCACUUUCUACUAAAAUGUCUCUGGAGUUUCUCCAGCAAGUGCUGACUGAUGCUUCAUUGUUGGAAAUUGAGAAUGAACAAUUGUUCAUGGAAAUUUCCAAAGAACUUAUAGCAGCUAUUUCAUGGGAAGAAAGAGCCAAAUCUCUUCUUGGGCAUGCAGCUCAAAUUUCUGACUUUGAGAACAUUAUAAGGGCUGCAGAAGAUAUAUUUGUGAUCCUUCCUUCUCUCCUAGAUCUCAAGGAUGCACUAUCAGCGGCUCAGUCAUGGAUAAGUAGAUGUCAGCCAUAUCUAGUGCACGCUAUAUGUGAUGGGGAGAGAUUGGGUCCUUUGCUUCAAGUUGAUGACUUGAAGGACUUAGUCACCCAAUCUAAACUUCUCAAAGUCACUUCAGAUGCCUCAGAAAGGCUACAGAGUAUACUAAAGGAAGUUGAUGAAUGGGAACAUGAUGCUUGUUCUUUACUACAGCAUUCAAAGACUUUAUUGUAUAGGCACAAUAAUGAUUUUGUAGUUGAUAGUGGCCUUUCAGAAAAAAUUAAGGUGCUACUUGAUAAAAUUGAUUCUACUACAGAAAUUGGGCAAUCCUUGGGUUUUGAGUUUAAGGUGUUGCCGGGACUUAAGCAGACAUCAUUGAUAUUGCAUUGGAGCUUGACAGCCCUGUCUUUCUGCUCUAGGAUUCCCUUACUCAAGGAGGUUGAUAGCAUACUUGAGGAUAUGAAUCAUCAUCCUACCAUAUUUUCUGGUAGUAAUUUAGCUGAAGUGUUGAUUAGGGGAACCAGCUGUCUCAGAAAAGCACUUAUCGUGCUUCCAGAACCUCAAAUCUCUAAAAGGUGCAAGUUGAAGGAUGUUAAACAAAUUUUAGAAGAAAUUCAGGAUAUCGAAGUUCCAUAUCCCAUGAUGGUUGCUCAGCUUCAAAAUGCCAUUGACAGACAUGAAUCCUGGAUAAAGCAAGUGCAUUCUUUCUUAGGUCUGUCCAGUCAACAGUCUUGGGCUAAUCUAUUGAAACUCAAGGAAUGUGGACAAUCUGAUGCCUUUGAUUGUCCAGAGCUGGACAAGGUUGCAUUUGAAAUUGAAAAGGUUGAGAGGUGGAUGUUCCAGUGCCAUGCUGUUGUGGAGCCUUUAGUUGGUGAUCUUGGUUCUUUAUCUGCUGAGCUUGAAAAGAUCAAAGGUUCCCUGGAUAGGGCUCUCUGCAUAUAUCAUGGUCCAAGGGACUGCAGGGGUAGAGCAUACUGUGUGUGCUGCCCUGAUGAUUCUGAAAAUGAAGAAGUAUAUAUUUGUUUGACAUGUGAGGACUGGUACCAUUUCUCAUGCACGGGGCCACCACUUGCUACUGCAGGCAUGACAAAUGAGUAUUCAUGUCCAUUUUGCCUCUGUAUAGAAAGUGGAGCUAUAUCUAAAAAUGGAGGCCAAGCACUGAUAUGUAGAGGAAAUCGUCCUGAGUUGAAGGCAUUCAUUGAGUUUCUAUCCAUUGCUGGGGAUUUCUAUGCAGGGGUUAAAGAGUUGUCUUUGGUACAAGAAAUUGUUGAGAAGGCUCUGGAGUGCAAGUCGUGUUUAACUGAAAUAGUGGAUCGUGCUAUUUCUCACCAUGACAAAGAUCUGAGCUCUAUCUCAGACAGUCUUCUAAGUGCAUUGAAGGCAAUAUCAGUCGCUGGGGUGUUCGAUCAGGAAGGAAGCUGCAACCUUGAGUCAGCCUUGUCUGGAAAUUCAUGGAAAGUUAGAGUCAAGAAACUGUUGAGGGGAUCAGAAAAGCCAGUCAUCCAACAAAUUCAGCGUUUAGUGAAAGAGGGUUUAGCUAUAAGCAUACCAUCUGAAGAUCAUUUUAUGCAGGAAAUUACAAAAGUAAAACAGAUCAGUUUGCAGUGGGCAGAUAUUGCUAAACAGGUUAUUUCAGAUUCAGGGGAACAUGAAUUGAGUGAAGUAUUUAAAGUUAUUAGUGAGGGUGAAUCUUUGCCUGUCCACUUCGAGAAAGAGUUAAAGUUAUUAAAAACUCGGAGCACACUUUAUUGCAUCUGCCGGAAGCCUUAUGAUCAGAGGGCCAUGAUCGCUUGUGACCAGUGUGAUGAAUGGUACCACUUUGAUUGCAUUAAUCUGCAUAAACCACCUCCCAAGAACUUCUAUUGUCCUGCGUGCCAGCCAGUUAAUGGGGAGUUCAUAUUUCUCCCACAUCCGAUAUAUCAUGGAGAGAGAUCAAGUGCUGAUGGAGAGCCUCCAACACCCCCAGCUUGCCAUAAUGAAUCAAAAAGAAGGCAACCCAAAAAAGUUAGGUAUAGUUCACAUCAGCAGAUUCAGGUUAGAGUUGAUUUAAUCAAUUUUUUAAGAUCUUAUAGUGAAAUUGAUCAUUUGUGGAGAGAAAACAAAAGGCCUCUUCAAAGAACAGCUAGAAGACGUAGAAAGUUUGAGGGCCUCUCUUGUUAUUUCCAGUUUCAACAUGUAAAUGAAUAAUUCCUAUCAUUUAUUUGUUUCAUUAUUUAUUUUUUUGUAUUCACAUGUCACGGGUUCAAUAAGUUAUAAGAUCAUUGCAUCUUUCAUAUUA